AUGAACUUUGCUUUUUAUUUGCCAGUCUUUUAUUGGAAACGAAAUUCAAAAAAUGCUUUUAAUGGUGGUGGUGGUAGCAGUAGCGGUGGUAACAGUAGUGGUAGUGGUAGCAGUGGUGGUAGUGGUGGUGGUGGUGGUGGUAACAGUAGUGGUAGUGGUAGCAGUGGUGGUAGUGGUGGUGGUGGUAACAGUGAUGGUGAUCGUAGUAUACAUAUUAUAUUUUAG